AAAAGAAGACGGAAAUAACAUUCACACACCUGCAUUCUGCUGGAAGUUGUUUUGUUUUACUAACGUUUGAGAUCAUCUACAGCUAGCUCAUAAAGCAAGAAACAGGAGCUAGCUAUGCGCCAUUUUUAAAUUACCAGUUAGCGUUAUAAAGACAUUUCUCAGUGGACUCGGACUGACAGCAAAAAGUAAGGAUGGCUCAGUGGGAAAGACUGAGGGAGCUGCCUGCUGUGUACAGACAGCAGUUACAUGAGCUCUAUGACAGGGAUGCUUUACCCAUGGAUGUUCGGCACUACCUGUCAGUCUGGAUAGAGAAGCAGGAAUGGCAACGAGCAGCACGGGAUCAUGAUUUGGCUAUGGUGCUGUUCCAGGUCCUGCUAGAGAACCUGGAUAUCCAACACAGCCGCUUUAUUCAGGAGGAGUCAUUCUUACUCCAACACAACAUUAGACGCUAUAAACAGAAUUUUCAGAGGUACUUGAAUGACCCGUGUGCCUUGGCAAGCACAAUCCUCUGGUUUUUGGAAAAAGAAAAGGAAAUCCUGCAGAGCGCUGAGCUGGCCGAGCAGGUCAAGUUUUUGUGCGUAGAGCAGGAAGCAAUGGAGACAAGCAGCCAGCAGGACCUUGAACGUAAAAUGGCCGGCCUCAGGAAUGAAGUACAGUGCAUGGAACAUGCAAUGUUAUGUUUGGAGGAGCAGCAAGAUGAGUUUGAUUUUAAAUACCAAACACACAAGAUGGAAGCUGCGGUAGAUGAGGCCGUGAAGAAAGAACAAGUGAAAGUUUUUCAGUUACUUGUCAACAAACUGAAUGAAUGUAGAAAGAGCACACUGUCAGACUUAAAUAAACUCUUGGACAAGGCUGAGCACCUGAUCGAAAUAUUGGUGAAGAAGGAACUUGUGGACUGGCAGAGGAGGCAGCAGAAAUCCUACAUUGGUGCUCCAGACAAUGUUUGUCUGGAUCAGCUAGAAAAUUGGUUCACUUGUGUGGCAGUGUCUGUGUUCCAGGUGCGUGAGUUUCUCGGUAAGCUGGACGAGCUGGUUGGAAAAGUGUCCUAUGCCAACGACCCUGUGAAGACCCAGAAACCUGCACUGCAGAAGAGAGCAGAUACUCUUUUGAAAGACUUACUCAAAAGUUCCUUUGUGGUUGAGACUCAGCCAUCCAUGCCUCAGGGGAAAGGACCCCUGGUGCUCCGUACAAACGUCCAGUUCUCUGUCAAGACCAGACUUCUCGUUAAGUUUCCUGAGCUGAACCACUCCAUGAAAGUCAAUGUGUCUAUGGACAGGGAGGCUCCUCAGAUCAAAGGAUAUCGCCGUUUUAAUGUUCUGGGCACCAAAACCAAAGCCUUGAACAUGGCAGAGAGCCAGAGUGGAGGCAUGGUGGCAGACUUCAGACAUCUGACUCUGAAGGAGCAGAAGUCUGGAGGAGGCGGCAAGGGAGUCAGUGAUAUUUCCCUCAGUGUCACGGAGGAGCUGCACAUCAUCUACUUCGACACUGUAUUUGAGCAGAAAGGCUUGUCAGUUCAGUUGGAGGCCUCCUCCCUCCCGGUGGUCAUCAUCUCCAACUCCAGCCAGCAGCAGAGCGCCUGGGCGUCUGUCCUCUGGUUCAACAUGCUUUGUCAGGACACCAAGGAUGUCAUGUUCUUUGCAAACUCUCCUGCAGCCCCUUGGCCGGUGUUUGGAGAGAUGUUGAGCUGGCAGUUUCUCUCUGCCACUAAACGUGGUCUGAAUGACACUCAGCUGGAGAUGAUUGCACACAAACUCUUUGGAAAGGGACAGGACUACAACACCUGCAAAGUAGCGUGGUCAAAAUUUAGCAAGGAAAAUACUCCUGACACUUUCUGGGUGUGGUUUGAUGGAAUCUUGGUGAUGGUGAAAACAUACCUUGAAGACCUGUGGAGGGAUGGCCACAUCAUGGGCUUUGUGAGCAAAGGCAAAGAGAAGUCCCUCCUGAAGAAAAAACAAAGAGGCACAUUCUUAUUGCGCUUCAGUGAAAGUGUCAUUGGAGGAAUCACCUUCUCAUGGGUAGACAUCACCAUAACUGGUGAGCCGGACAUAAAGACAGUCCAGCCCUUCACCAAAGUCGACCUUUCCCAGAUCCCCUUCCAUGAAAUCAUCAGAAAUUUCCAGAUCUUAGAAGCUGAAAACAUCCCAGAAAAUCCUCUUCUUUACCUGUAUCCCAACACCCCUAAAGACGAGGCUUUCGGAAAAUACUAUUCUGAUAAGAGUGGAGAUGACAGUCCUUUCAUAAAGUACAUCAAAACCAAGUUGAUGUUUGUUUCAAAGGAGAACACACUGGAGGCUAGGUCACCCAUGCCCUCUGACAUGGCACAGGGUGAAGGCCUGGAGCCAAUGAAUGGCCUGUGUGGAGAGGCAGCUGAACAAAACGGGAAUCCUCAGUGUCUGGAAAUCUAUCAACCUGAUCCCAUGCUGUCCGACUCUGUUGCAACCCCAGAUGAGGAUUUACUGAUGUAUCUCAACAACCCCAACCUCUUUGUUGACUCAGAAAUCUUGCCUGAAGAGACGGGGCUGGCUGAUUUCAGUUUUCAAGGAUUUAAUUGCCUGCCCCCACAGUCCUGUGGAAGUAUUUUCCAAUAAGCCUUUUCCUAUGUUGUUUUUGUAUAUUCAACCAAACCAUUCUAUCAUUCAUCCUCAGCUUUUAGUUUAGCUACUUACAUUACAACAUCCAUGUAACAAAAUUGUAGUGUAUGCAGCAAAUGUUAGCUUAAUAGCUUACUUUGAAUACUGUUUUAAUCUGAGAUACUUGACAGCUCCUCUCUAAUACUGACAGUCAAUAUUUGAGAAUAGCUUUUGUAAUCGGGCAACAUUUGAAUUCUUGUGUGCACUUUGAUAUAAUUAGAAUGUAGCUUUUAUAAUUCCCUUUUAUCAUGUUUUAGUAUUGUCUGUAAUGAUUCAGCGAGACUAUAUGAAGACAAAAGAGAGGUAAUGGAAUUAGCUCGACUCCAAUCCACUCCAUUAGAGUGCCGGGCAUCUGUCUAGACCCCUCAACCAUCACUCAUCAUAAACUCCUCUGUAUGAAACAUUUUGCAUUUUGGGAUCCUUUCCUUACAAUCGACUAUUUAACCUGGUGUAUGGGGGGGGGCGUUAUGAGGUGUUGUAGAGUACAUUGCGCAAACUGCACAUAAUUUAUUGUUUCAAUGUAUGUUGUGAGUCCUUUUAUGGUUGUUGUAAUGUUGCCACCUACAGCUUGAGAUAAACUACUUAAACAUGGCACUUAUUUCCUUUAAGUUAUAUGCUUUUAUAUUAACCUGCUCAUUUAAAUCAAAUUGAAAUGUUAUCACCAAUAAAAGGGAAAUGACCGGUUGCAUGUUCCUUUUUUUUUAUUGAUUGAAUAAACGUGAGAAAUUGUUCAAUUAUUUAUGUUAAAAAAAACCCAAUAUAAAUAAAACCUAAUUAUGUGCCUCUCUA